AUGCCCCUGUGCGGUGGAACAAAGUCGGUGCAGCGCAAGCUGGUGCUUCUAGGCGAUGGUGCAUGCGGCAAGACUUCGCUACUGAAUGUUUUCACACGAGGAUACUUCCCAACAGUAUAUGAGCCCACGGUAUUCGAAAACUAUGUACACGACAUCUACAUUGACAACACCCACGUCGAGCUGAGUUUAUGGGACACUGCUGGACAAGAAGAAUUCGACAGACUACGAUCGCUCAGCUACGAUGACACGCAUGCCAUUAUGCUCUGCUUCUCGGUCGACUCGCCGGAUUCGCUUGAAAACGUAGAGACCAAGUGGGUUGGCGAGAUUGCGGAAAACUGCCCUGACGUUAAACUCGUGCUCGUCGCACUCAAGUGCGAUUUGCGGAAAAAGGAAGAUGACGAUGACGCCGACGACCAGCAGCCCGAAAAGCCAUGCAUCGACUACAACGAGGGGUUGCGCGUGGCAGAAAAGAUCAAAGCACUGCGAUACCUCGAGUGCUCUGCUAUGAAGAAUCGAGGCGUCAACGAAGCCUUCACCGAAGCUGCUCGUGUCGCCCUCCAGGUCAAGACCAGCAAAGAUAAGAGCGGCGGCUGCGUCAUCCUCUAA